GAAAGCGCAAGCGUCGAUCCACGCCCUUGCUCCGGUCCAGCAGCCGGCAAAUCCCCGCCGACGACGCUGCAGUCGCGCGCGCGUCGUCAGUGCUGCGCACUCUUUUGUAGCGUACACACGCCGCGUACACGACGCACGCCGCCGCCGGCGCGAAACGCCUUUUCAGCCGCGAGCGUUUUCGCACACGCCGCGUUUGUGCCGCCCCGCGAUUUCAGCUCAGUCGAUACCCACACGGAUGCGGCAGGCAGCUGUCUCCGGUACCGCGUGUUCCUAAGGCGCGCAACGCCUAUACAUCGUACGACGAUAACGUCAUUAUCGUACAUAUACCGUGUGCACGAUGUGCUGAUUUUUAAGUAACUCGUCGUCCGAGUCGUAUAGUCGUAUUAUCGUCGACGUUCACGCCGACAACGGUAACCGCGAGAGAAAAAAAAUUGAAAACAAAUCGGAAAUAUCGUAACGCCCGCCGAAACCAACCGCUCGAAAACAACGCCACAGCAGCAGCGGUCGCCCGCACACGGCCCCGAAAAUCACCGCCGCCCAUGGCGUACCGGACCGGGCGACGGCCCGCGACGUUUCGCCGGCGACGACGAUGACCACCACGAUGACGCCGCACCCGGUCGUCCCCAUAUGUUACAACGGUGGCCGUCCCGGAACGGACUUCCGCUCGUCGUCCCGUCGUCGUCACAUGACUAUGGCGUCGUCAGAGGUCUAACAAGGAGUAUGGGAAGAGAGGCAUGGGCCUACGGCUGGACCAGAGACUAUUUAGCAAAGUCACGGUAGUCUUCGCAGCUCUCGUUCUCUCGCUGUUCAACAGGGUCCUAGUCUCAACUACCGGGUCGACGUUCAACGAUGCUGUACACAUCACGGCCAUCGUGGGCGAAUCAGUCGUGUUCAACUGCCAAGUGGAGUUCCCAGCCGAACACCCCGUGCCUUACGUUUUACAGUGGGAGAAAAAAGGUCUUGACAUACCAAUAUUCAUUUGGUAUGACAACUAUCCCACUCACAGCGGUUCGGGAUACGAAGGCCGAGUGGCUAGAGUCUCCCAGGACUCUCCAUACGGUCUCGCUUCGCUCAACUUGACCAAUAUACAAGAGUCGGACCAAGGUUGGUACGCCUGCAAAGUGGUGUUCCUCAACCGGUCGCCAACCAAUAAAAACGGCACGUGGUUUCAUCUAGACGUCCAUGCUCCUCCGAAAUUUGUCACCACCCCCGGCGAAGUUCAAUACAUAAAUGUCGGAGAUUCUAUUAUUCUAAACUGUCAGGCCGUGGGGACACCUACGCCCGAAAUCGUAUGGUUCAAAGACGCCACAGACGUACAGCCGACGACCACCGUGGGCAUAUUCAAUGAUGGCACUGAACUGAGGAUAUCUAACAUCCGAACUGAGGACAUCGGGGAUUAUACGUGCAUCGCCAGAAAUGGCGAAGGACAAAUUAGCCAUACGGCUAGGGUUUUGAUUGCGGGUGGGGCCGUAAUUAUGUCACCUCCGACCAACCAGACGAAAUUAGAAGGCGAAAAAGUCGAAUUCACUUGUGGCGCCAAAGCCAUGCCUGGUAAUGUUACUGUCCGGUGGUCCCGCGACGGAGCUAUCGUGAAGUCGAUCUCAUCGCUGGAAACCAGAGUGACCAUCAAAAAAGACGGUUCCAUGGUUAUAAAUCCCGUCAGCGCUGAUGACUCUGGUCAAUAUCUGUGCGAAGUCAGCAACGGCAUUGGUGACCCCCAAUCCGCAUCUGCCUAUUUGAAUGUCGAAUAUCCAGCCAAAGUUACAUUCACGCCGACCGUACAGUAUCUACCGUUCAGAUUAGCUGGCGUUGUUCAAUGUUACAUUAAAGCCAACCCGCCUUUACAAUACGUCACAUGGACCAAAGACAAACGUUUGCUCGAGCCUUAUCAGCAAAAAGACAUCGUUAUCAUGAACAAUGGUUCGCUGUUAUUUACCAGGGUCAAUCAAAACCACCAGGGCAGAUACACGUGUACACCCUACAACGCACAGGGUACUCAAGGAUCAUCCGGACAAAUGGAAGUGUUGGUCAGGAAACCGCCAACAUUCACCGUUGAACCGGAGAACAUGUACCAGCGCAAAAUCAGCGAAUCGGUGGAAAUGCAUUGUGACGCACAAGAAGCUGAAGGAACCCAAAAACCCAAAAUUCAGUGGCAAAGAAGAGAUGGCGCUCCGUUGCCAAAAGGUCGUCACAGCAUACACGGUGGUAAUAUCACAAUAGAAAACCUCAGAAAAACCGAUUUCGGAUAUUAUCACUGUGUCGCGAGUAACGAAGUUGCCACAAUAGUUACAACCACUCAUUUGGUCGUCGAAGGCACUCAGCCGCACGCCCCUUACAACGUCUCGGCAAACGCUUCAGAGACGACUGUUACACUGCAGUGGCUUCCCGGUUAUAGCGGCGGUCCCGAUUACAAACAGGACUACACGAUUUGGUACAAAGAACCAGGGAUGGCGGACUGGUCUACAAUACCGGUUACUCCGUCGGGGAGCACCCAAGUCACCAUAAACAGACUAACUCCGGACACGACGUACGAGUUCCAAGUGGUGGGGAAGAACGCGUUGGGCGAUGGAAUGCUUAGCAAAGUUAUUUCGAUCAGGACACUGGCAGCCGUACCAUUAACCGUGGCCAAAAAAACAAGUCCCGCGCCACCGGUCACCGAGUUACCUCCUCCCCCGAGCGACGACGUUGUCGACUAUAGUGACCUCAUUUUACCCACUGAAUCCUCUGGUGCUACAAUGUACCCACCAGUAUUCAGACCAAAAGGACCAAAACCUGGACCACCAAGAAAUGUAUCAAUCGCCGAAGUCAAAAAUGGCUUCGUCAUAUCUUGGGAAGCUCCGUUAGAAAGAGCUAAUCUAGUCCGUUACUACGUUAUCAACUAUAAGACAGAUGGGAUUUGGAGAACUUUGAACAAGGCACAAAUCAGAGCAGAGGAUACCCAUUAUCUGAUAAAAAGUCUAGUGGGAGGUCGUACCUAUUAUUUCCGAGUGGUCGCGUACUCUUUGAAGAGUUUCGAAAACAGCGAAGAAAUCAAAUUCCCCGUACCCGCCAGGGUGAAACACAAGGCCAUCACGGCAGGUGUCGUUGGCGGGCUGUUGUUCUUCGUCGUCGCCAUAAUAUUGUCCGUGUGCGCGGUAAAGAUUUGCAACAAGAGGAAACGGAGAAAACAUGAAAAAGCUUACAACAUGGUCGCGUGUAGAAUUACGGACGCCAGAAAUGGUGGCCAAAUACCGGGGACUAGUCAAGUGCCUUUAAAAAAAUCUAGAUCAACCCGAAUAUCAAGUCUGAGCAGCGGAUGCAACGUCGUUCUCAACAUGGUGGCGCGGCCGUCCCGUUCGAGUUCGUUCUUGGACCGCGGCGGCCAAGACUGCGUGGACGGUCUGCCGGGCGGCCAACGCCCGCGCCGCCGACUCGGCCGGAUCUCCCGGUCAGCCGACGGCCGGUUUGUGUUAACCGGCGACUCCAGGUCGUCCAGCCGGCGGGGCAGCGGAUCGUCGUCCGGCAGCAGCGACGACGGCGGGUUCCUGUCCCAUCCGAGUUUCUCCAACAGGACGUGGAGCCGUCAACCGUUGCUGACGGUUAGCGGCAGCAGCGGCGGCAGUGGCGGCGGCAGCGGUCCUAGGUGGACGGAGAACGCGGUCGUGGACGACCGCCGCCGGCCGAUCGUGGUCGUGGCCACUGUGUGCGAUCCGCGGACUCCGUACGGCUUCGACCGUCAUCCGGCGGCACCCGCGGGUUCCGCCGUCGCCGCCGCCAGCCACGACCAGACGACGCUGCGGAGCGUGCACGAGCGGUACAGCCAACAACUGCCAUCGCUGAGGGCGAUACACGAGGAGAACCACCGGACUCUGAUGCAGCGGCUGCAGCCGGCCAGUCCCAGGUACCACCCGAACCCGGGCAGGUACCGGUCCAAGCACAUGCGGUACGCCCGGAGUGCGCCGGAACUGACGUCCGACGGCCCCGCCGCCGCCGUCAACCACACCGUCAGCGAGCGGUCGCCCGAGAGCCGUUCCAGUUCCAGCGGGUUCGGUUCCAAGAACACCACGUCCAGCAUUCAACACCAACACCCCGGGACGGCCAGCGUGCUGGACGACUGGUGCGGCGGCGCAAGUCGGCCCGGGCCGCUGCCGCCUUACAAGCACCCGCCGCCACCGCCACCACCGCCGCCGCCGCCGGCACACCCGUCGUCGCUGUUCUACGCCGACGGACGUUGGCUGGACUUCGGCGCGCCGCACGUCCGGCUGCCGUCGUCGCCGCCGCUGCCGCCGUUGUUCGGUAGCGCCGACAGCUGCGGCAGUAGCACGGCGGCCAGCGACAAGCCGCCGCUGAGCGUGGACGACCAGUACGAGUUCGACCCGGUGUUCCCGCUGACGCCCACGCCCACGGAGCUGCUCCAGCAGACGGCGCUGUUCGGGCCGACGGUCGCAUGCACGCCGUCCCCGUCCCGGUCCCGGACGCCCACGCAGCUCAAGAAGGCCAAGUACGACAGCGUCGAGGCGCGGCUCCGGGCCAUGAAGGAGGAGUUCCACGCUUACAAGCGCCGCCAGGCCCAGAUGGCCGGCGCGGUCAGGCAUCAGCAGCACCACUCUGCCGGGUACAUCGAGAGCGCGUGUUGACGACCGACGUAAAUAACUACUCGCCACCCGCGCGGGAACGACGUUUGGGGCGCGCGCAAAAAAAAAAAAAGCUCAAAGACAAAAAUCUUAAUAAAAACAUUUCGCGCGCGAUCGCAGAACAAUGAUUUGAAUAAAAUAUAUUAAUAUAUAUGAUGUGCAUAGAUUUAAACGUUACCGUAAUUAUUUGUUGUUAAAAAAAUAAAAAAUAAAUCUUUUUAACUCAGUGCGACGUAGGUACCUACACGUGUCGACUGUUGUUGGUAUAGGCUGACCUGCGAUGCGCGUCACGUGGCUCUACAAUAUUAUAUACUAUUUAAUUAUUGUGUAUUAAUAAUAUUGCGUUUCAAAUAUAUUAAUUAUUAUAUAGUAUUUCUAAAAUUUAAAAAUAUAUUAUAUAUAUUUAAAAAAGAAAAAACUCGACAAAGUAUUGGCAUGGUAGUGUAUAGUUAGUGUCGGAGAGGCAUAAAUUAUAAUAUGAUUAAAAUUUCAUGUUGAUUUAUUAUAUUCGUUUUGUUUAGUUGUUUGUUUUUUUUUCAAUUUUAUUUUUUUUUUUUUUUUUAAUAUCCAGAACUGAGGAUUACAAAUUACAUUCUCAACGUUUUCAGUUCAUACAAAAUUCACUUGCUCAAAUUGUACGAGACUGUCCAGUCUGAGGAUAUAUUUUAAUUUAACGUUUUCGUUCUCGUUUGAUAUUUAUGCCUCGUUUCGAAACUGUUAAGGAAUAACAUUAUUAAAACUAAACCUUGUGAUAAUAUUAUGUCAUUAUAUAAACUCAACGAGAUCUGUUCAAUGUACUUAAAUAAUUCCUUCGGCGUUAUAUUUGAUGAUUAGCAUUGUGUUCGUAAAUUUAGUUUCGGGCAUCUCCGCCAGUUGUUCUCCGCAUUGUGUUUUUAAUUGUAUUGCAUCCCUAAGUUCCUAUUAAAUUAAAAUAAAUAACGUCCUAGGGCCUACCGAACGGGAUCCUCGUUAAAUUUUCUUUUUAACAAUCAAAAACAUAUUCCACGCGAUAUGUAUAAAUUAUAUAAAAUAAAAUGUUUACUUUUAGACAUAUAUAAUAUUAUUAUGACAAAACGUCUCAGCAAUAAAUAUAAUAAUUUAGGUGAUUAAAUGAAAAACAUUUUUUUUUUUUUUUAAAUAAAUAAAUAAAUAAUAAUAAUAAAUAAUACUAUCUAGUCUGAGAAAUAAUAAUAUUUUAGGUAGUUAAGACAAUUUUUAUUGUUUUGUUAUUGAAAACGAACAGUGUCAAUUACCCCGUUUUUACAUAUUAUUAUAUAUUAUAUAAACAUUUACGAAACGAAGUCGUUUUCUAUUGUGGUUUUCCUUCCCGCGAGUUGUAAUAUGUAAUUCCCUCACACACAUCUCCGUAACGCGCGCAAGUCACCCUCCGGCUGUGGCAGGCACGACGACGACCGUCUCGAUCGAACCGUUUCAUCUGGACAUCACACACACGCAUCACGUCCCACACGACGACCGACCAAACGAGUCGAUCCUAUAAUGUACGUUCACGGACGUUUGAUACGCGUACGCGGAGUGCACUUGUACUAAAUCGGACGUACGAAUUUUUUUCGAUCCGUACAAUAUAAUGAUAAAUAACGUAAGGCUAGGGUAGGACGAGAAAAAAAAUUUAAAAAUAUCGAAAUCGAAUCUUUUCCGGUCGGGUAUAAUAAUAAUAAUAAUAAUAUGACUUGACUUCUGCUGCAGAAAUCGCGGAAAAGGCUCAAGCGGCAAUCCUAUAUAGAGUUUUCUACCUCGGCGCACGUAAGACGGAUGUAAAUAAGUAUAGGGUACUACUCUAACCAGAGUCUUGUCUGAAUGUAUUCUAACCGAAAAUCCGAGAGGCGCGAUCGAUAUGAAUAUAGCAUGUGUGUCGCGGCGUAGUCUAUCGACACGGAUUUCGUCAAAAAAAAUUUAUCAAUCGCGAUUGCACGACAAGAGACUAACUGAUGGGACAUAAACGUGCUACGUGCACAGAUCGAUGUAGCAAAUUUCCUAUUUUUCGAGCCGGACAUUAAAAAUAUUAUCAUUAUAAUUCGUAUCGCAGAAUAUUUCUGUAUUGCGCGUCGUUUUAAAUAAUAAUAUUGAUAAUAAUAACGAUAAUAACGUAGUAGCCGUAAAAGGUAGAUGUGAACCGAUACGAAACAGUCUGCUCUUGUCGACAUAUAAACACACGACGAAGCGAUCCGGUGGAGCGCCGAAGUGGAUGAAUUCCGUGUCCAGACCAUCAUCCUCCCUUUCACCCGCGGCGCGAUAUUAACACUACAUCGGUGUACGCCUAACCGGAAUUAACAAUCCGUUUCCAUUUUACCGGGGCUCGUAUAGCGGCCUCCUAAUAACUACGGUAUUAUUAUGUACCGCGAAGAUAUUAUUUAUCGGCGUCGUGUUCGUUACACAAAAACGUAUAACGCGCGCGAAUAACGUUAAUUUUUCGAUCGGGAACCCCUCGUUUGCUCUUCCUCACCACCGCCGCUCACUCAAUACGCACACACACACACACACACAAAUAUUUUGCUGGUCGCGCCACCGAAAUCCGUUUCGACACUUCGUAUCGACUUGAAAACGUCCACCGCGUAGGCACACUAUCUAUGCCCACCAUUUAAGAGUUUAACCUAUGCUAAUACAUAUUACCUAUUUAUGCGCACACACGGGAAAAAAAGAAACGCGAGAUCGAUAUUGCACACGACAUCCGUGCCCUAUACGGACGUCCGCCGUUGACGCGUACCUCUUACCAUCAGCCACCUCAUCUAUAUAAUAUUAUUAUAACAUUACGCGUUCACGAUCGAGAUAUUAUUAUGCUAUUUAACGUGUCGAUAUUAUAAUUAUUAUUAUUGUCGUCGUCGAGUCGUCAUCGGCGAACGCGCGUGCCCGACACUCGCGGAAACAUCCAUAUAAAUUAUUAUUAUUAUUAUUAUUAUUCAUAAUGUGUUAUAUUAUAAAUGGUUUUUUUUUAAUUUUUGUUUUUAAUAAUUUAAUAAAUUAUUAUUAUACUCGUGAAAACAAACGCUUUAUACGAUUUUUUAGUCAUAAUAAUAAUAUAAUAUACGCAUACGCAUAUACCUACGUGGCUUAUCGUAAUAUUAUCGUCAUCCAAGCGGAUGGGCAGAUGACAUCGCAAUACCUAAAAUAUCUAUCAUAGAAUAUACACCUGUAAUACGAGAGACGAUGUGGGCGUACUCGUUGCGUUCCUCUCCGCCGAUAUGAUUGUUAUACGGUUGACCAUAUAUAUAAUAACACGUUAAAGUAUAUACGUAUAUAUGUAUGUAUAUGAAUAUUAUAUAAUGUGUUUGUUCGUUUCUUUUUUUCGUCUUUUGUUUUCGAAGCGAUCAUCGCCUUGUACGAUUUUAUAAUAACCAUAUUACGUUAUUAUUAUUAUUAUUAUCAUCAAUAUUAUUGUGUAUUUACUUAUAAUAUUCUCGUACGACUCGUUAUAUAAAAACAUUCUAUUGUUCAAUUUGUUUAAUAAUAUUAUAUAUAUAUAUAUAUGAUAUUAUUACGAUGUCAUGUAAAACAAAAAUGAAAACGAGAUCAAACAUCAAAUUUUAGAAUUUUUUUUUUUUUUAAGUCUUUUCGCGGCAGUUCUAGCAGUUAUAUUAUUGUGUAAGAUGGUAGAUCUUUUAUUUAUUUAUUAUUUUUUUUUUUAAUAAUAAAUUAUAAAAAAUAUAUUUAUAUAAUAAUCUUACAUUGUUACGUUACUAUAUAUUAUAUAUAAAUAUAUUUUAUAUUUAUAUAUUUAUAUAUAUAUAUAUACUAUGUUAUUAUAUAGAACUCUAGACACACUUCCUAUAAUAAUAUUAUGUAAUACUACCUACAUACCUACCUACGAAGACGAUAAUAACUCGACGACAUUAAUUAUAUUAUUUUAUAAUAUUGUUUCGUUUACAUAUUUUCUUUCUAUUGUAUUGCGCGUUGGUUAUAUUGUUAUUAUUACUAUUCGAAGACAGUACAUUUUUUUUUGCGCCCAUUUAUCUCUGCCAUAAAAACGAUUAUUUUUAGUUCGUAAGAUCGACGAUCUCAUUUUAUGUUGAAGCCAUUUUGUUUUAUUAAUACAUUUUGAUUUUUUCGCCUUUUCAGGCAAGUUGAAACUUUAAACUACUUGAUUACAGAAAAUUAUACUCCUAUAUGAAAAACAAAAAAAAUAUAUUGUAUUCUAAAAAAAGUUAUAUUUGUAGAUUCUUAAUUAAUGAUAAUUAUUUUUGUAAAUAUAGUAAUUUAUAUUAGAAUUAAGUAUUAUUUAAAUGAAUAAAAAAGAAAAUUCAAAGAAA